AUGUCACAAUCGGGACAACAAGAUCAGACGUCAAGGGCCGGCAACAAUCGUGGGGCAGCCUCUUCUGCCGGUAAAACCAACGGGAUGUCGGCAAUGCCAGAAUUUGUUGCCCUAUUCCAGAAUCUUGAGUUUGUGAAAGGUUUUUCCACCCGCAUGGCCCAGACUAUACCGAGAGUGUCCAUGCCAAUACGAUGGCAACGGUGGUUGGUGGCGGCGAUCCCGGCCCGACCGAUAUUCUCCAGCUCAAACAGAUCCGAGCUGGCACAGCUCCCAUCAUCGUCACUCCCUUCAUCCUCACCACACCCACGUGACCUUCUCCGACCGUCCGCGUCCUUCACAAUAAACCGGCCGGGCCCACCAGCCCGGCUAUCCUCAUCGAGAACCGCGCUGACGUGGCAGAACCUGACGGCCCUCGUCCGUUUAUCGACGUCAAUCUGGUCCUUCACCGACCUCGACUUCCUCAAAGGGGCCCGACUGCUCCUCCUCGGGCUGAAUAUGGAGUUCAAGAAGCCCGCGAUCCUGCCGCCUGGCGAGCCCGGAUUCUUGGCCCUGGACACGGUCCUCGUGAACCGGCUCUCGCGCUUGGGCGUGGCGGGCUCGGCCCGAAUAGCGUUCGCGGGCCCGAGUUUCGGGUUUCUGGCCGAGGAGGGCUCCGUCUCGGACGAGGAGGAGAAUAUGCUUGAAUCGGUGGACGAGCCCGAGUGGGAUGACGUGGUGGUGUGGCUUUUCUCGAUCUUGAUGGCACGUCUGAGGCUUUCGAUCUCGUGCUCGACUCGUGCGGGCCGGGCGUGGGGCCCGGAGAAGGAUUCUUCGGGCCCGUCGAUCGAGCGGUAG